AUGACAAACGAUGGAGGCACUCAUCACACAGGCCAUAAUAAUAACCAAGAAAACAGUAUGGCUGCUCUCGAUCAGUAUAUAGCUCCAGGUCUUCGGCUUUGGAUGCUUAUUGCUCUUGUUUCGGGUGUUUUGCUUGUUAUGGUUGUUUUGGUAUGUUGUUUUAUGCGAAUUCGAAUUCCACGUACUAAGAGACAAAUUGAUUUAAUUGCGGCGAGAAGGAAAAUGCGUAAGCAGUCUUCAUUACCCGCACAUACACAUCCACCAGGUUUGUGCACCCGAAAAGAUUUUAUUCUUACUCUGAUACGUUUACUUCGAAGCGAAUCACCUGGAUGGCUACCGAUAUUUGCAAUGGAAGUGAAAAUAACAACAUUAAAUGAACGAUUUACAGAUGAACGAUCGCAAACAAUCGUAAUGAACACCAUUAAAAAAUCGUCCAGGGAAGAUCGGAUGAAACAGGCUGAAACUCAGCCACUUGUCCACAAAUCAUCGCAUACAACAACCACUGUUUAA